AGCAGUUCGUAGAUUUCAACCUCAUAGUUCAUUUAUUGGUGAUCGUGAAGCAGAACCUGUUCAUAUUCACCAAAAGCGGCUAAAGCAACAAUCGCAUUUUUGUGCUAUAGCUCUGGAACUACUGAAAAGCAGAAAGGUGUUUGAAAUCACACAUACAAAUGCUGUAGCUAAUAUGGCACAGAUAUCAUCUACAGGUUAUUUUAGUACUCGUAAUAUCAUCAUAGGAAUAUUGCUUGCAAUAGUGAGAGAAAAUUAUUUAUUUGUCAAUGCACUUAUGAUAUCAAUCACUUUUAAAGGGUGCUUCCGCAGUCUUCUUCCUGGAUUUAAUUUGAUGACAUUUUGUCGAUGUGUUCAAAAAUAUAAAGUCAACUUUAUUCACACGGUUCCACCGAACAUACUCGCAUUAGUUAGAUCACCUUCGGUUGAAAGCAUGUCAAGUGUGGAAUUUGUAUUUUCUGGUGCAGCUGAAAAUUGGUGCAAAGAUCUUUAUAAUAUUUAUAAAAUACCGGUUAGACAGGGAUAUGGACUCGCUGAACCGUCUGCAUUAAUAUCGAUAUGUGAGAAAGAGAACAUUGUCUCAGGUUCUUCUGGAGUUCUUCUAAAUUUAGAAGCUAGGCUACUAUCAGAAGAGUGGCGUGCCUGGUGA